GCUGAGGUCCCCAUGAUGUCCCCCAAUGGCUCCAUCCCCCCCAUCCACGUGCCCCCAGGAUACAUUUCUCAGGUGCUGGAAGAUUCCACGGGGGUCCGUCGGGUGGUGGUGACCCCCCAGUCUCCCGAGUGUUACCCCCCCUCCUACUCCCCGGCGUUGUCGCCCACGCACCACCUGCCGCCCUACCUGGCCCACCCCCACUUCAUCCCCAACUCCCACUCCUUCUACCCGCCCGUCAGCCCGGGCGAGCUGACCCACCAGUACUACCAGCACCACCUGCACCCCAUGUACGGCGACCCCGAGAUCAUCCCCGUCUACGGCAUGUCCAACUUCAUCCGCGAGGAGACCUACAGCAAACCUCAGCCCAAAAAGAUGAAAGAACAAAGACAACUGGAGCGACAGAACAGACUCAACUCGCCUCCGUCCUCCGUCUACAAAAGCAGUCCGGGACCCGCCCACAACGGCUACAGUAAAUCACACGUCCCGUCGCUGGGGUCGCUGGGGUCAGGGGGCGGAGUCAACAGUCCGAGUGGGAAGAAACCGGAGCGGCGACUCCGGAGCAGUCCCCGCAACGUUGAAGUGGAUGUGCAGACGCCAGAUCAGGACUCGGAGGGGAAACGUGUUCAAGACAUGUUGUCGACCAUCUCAAAACCACAGGUGUCCAACUUGCAGGCCCGGUCGGCGCGCUUGUCUUGGUCGCCGCCCGAAGGCCUGGCGAGCCGACACAGCAACGGCGUGCAGGCGUCGUGCUCCUACGAGGUCUUUCUCUCGGACAAAGGGCGCGAGGGGAAGUACCGCCUUAUUUACAGUGGUGAAGACGUGGAGUUCCACGUGAAAGAUCUACGAGCCGCCACGGACUAUCACGUACGCGUGUGUGCACUCUUCAACUCGGCGCGCGGCGCGUGCAGCGAGGCCACCUCCUUCACGACACACUGCGGCGUUCCCGACGUCCCGCUGGCGCCCAAACUGUCCCACCGCACUAAAAGCACACUCACUUUACAGUGGAAGCCACCAGGCGACAACGGAUCCAAAAUCACAAACUACCUGCUGGAGUGGGAUGAGGGCAAGAAGAAGAGUGUUUUUGGGGAAUGUUACUUUGGCAGCCAGCGACACUGCAAACUCACACGACUUUUCCCCGCCUGUGGUUACACCUUCAGGCUGGCGGCGCACAACGACAUCGGCACAAGCGGCUUCAGCCCGGAGGUGGUCUGCUACACCAUGGGCACCUUGCCCGCCCUGCCUCUGGCACCACGUCUGGUGCGGGCGGGGGUGUCCUGGGUGGCCCUGGAGUGGGGGCGACCUGAGGGCAGCCCCAAUGAUGAGCAGCUGAAGUACACGCUGGAGAUGCGGGAGGACGACAGCGGGGCGGACUUCCACCCCAAGUACACUGGAGAAAAGACCAGCUGUACUGUAGAAGGCCUGAAGAGGAGCACGCAGUAUAAAUUCAGGCUCAUCACAUCCAACACGGAAGGCAGGAGCAGUCCCAGCGAGGUCCUGGUGUGCACCACCAACCCGGACAAGCCGGGACCGCCCUCUGCGCCGUGCGUGGUGGCGUCCACGCCCUGCACCCUCACCGUCACCUGGGAACCGCCUCGGGACGACGGAGGCUCGGACGCGCUCACCUAUCUGCUGGAGAUCUGCGAGGGCUGUUCACAAGCGAGCCAAUGGGAAGUGGCGUACAGCGGGCCAUGGACAGAGUGCGUGUGCGAGCGUCUGUCGGCGGGCAGCGUGUACAAGCUGCGGGUGUGCAGCAUCACCACGGGGGGCCACAGUCAGUGCGCCACCAGCGUCCCAGUCCGCACUUUAAGCGUGCCGCCGGGGCCCUGCCAGCCGCCGAGGAUUGUGGGUAAAGCCAAACACAAGGAGGUGCAGUUGGAAUGGGACGCUCCUGCCUCUGAGCCCUUGUGCAAGGCCUUGAUGUUCAACCUGGAGAUGAGCGAGGGCGACGCCAAACCAGCCCAAGUGUUCCAGGGAUCGGAGCUGCAAUGCACUGUGGGUAGUCUGCUCCCCGGGGCCACUUACACUUUCAGACUGAGGGCCGCCAACGAUGCUGGGUUUGGCGAAUACUCUGAGCCGACGGAGGUGACGACUGCAGCAGGUCCUCCUGGCCAGUGUGGGGCGCCACUCAUAUCUCUCACCAGUAACACCUGCAUCUCGCUUACCUGGGAGAGUCCAGAAGGAUCUGGUAGCGACAUCUCGGAGUACCGCCUGGAGUGGGGUCGGGAAGACGAGCCCCUGGAGCUCAUCUACUGCGGCGCGGCCACCCAGUGUGAAGUGUGGGAUCUGAUGCCCGCCACACGCUACUGCUGCCGGCUACAGGCUGUCAAUCAAGCGGGGGCGGGGCCUCACAGCGAGCAGGUGGGUUUCCAGACGCCGGCGACCGUCCCCGACCCGGUCUCCUCCCUCAGCCUCCUGGACCUCCCGGCCUCCUCCGAGUCGGGCCAGUCGCGGUCCACCUCCUUCCUCCUCAAGUGGGAGGAGCCAAUCAGCAACGGGGCGGAGAUCUCCUCUUACAUCAUCUCGGUGGACGAGAGGACCAUCACGGUGGAGGCCGCCACAAGUCACCUCAUCAGCGGUCUGCAGCCGGACAGCCAGUACAGCGUACAGAUCAAGGCGGUGAACGCCAUCGGCUGCGGCCCUCCCAGUCCGCCCCUUCUGGUGAGGACACACCCCCUUCCGCCCGCCCCGCCCCCUCUGGAGUGCUCCGCCGCAGGGCCGCAGAGCCUGAAGCUGAAGUGGGGCGAGAACGCCAGCAACACCCGCGCCCUGCUGGCCGACGACAUGUACUACACGCUGCAGAUGGAGGACAAAAACCACAGGUUCGUCAACAUCUACCGGGGUCCGAGUCACACCUACAAGGUGCAGAGGCUGACGGAGUCCAGCAGCUACACCUUCAGAAUACAAGCAGUCAGCGAUGCCGGCGAGGGACCUUUCUCUGAGGACCACACCUUCUGCACCACCAAGUCUGUGCCUCCCGCCCUCAAAGCUCCCAGAGUGCAGCAGCUGGAGGGGAACCUGUGCGAGAUCACAUGGGAAACCAUCCAACCAAUGAGAGGCGACCCUGUCAGCUACGUUCUCCAAGUGUUGGUGGGACGAGACUCAGAAUACAAACAGGUGUUUAAAGGCGAGGAGGGCGUGUUCCAGGUCACGGGCCUCCAGGUGAACACGGACUACCGCUUCCGCGUGGGUGCCUGCCGCCUCUGCCAGGACACGUGCCAGGAACUGUGCGGCCCGCUCAGCCCCUCCUCCUUGUUUACGCUGCGGCGCCAGGAGGCGGCGGGGGUUGCGGCGGCGGCGGGCGAGCCCUGCCCCGUCGACGGCGCCGGCAAAGCCUCGGGCCUGAUGUCGAGUGACGAGCGCUUCGCCACGCUGAUCGUGUGCGUCUUCGGCGUCCUGUCCAUCCUCAUCGCCUGCUUGCUGCAGUACUUCUUCAUGAAGUGAGGGAAGCUUUUUAAUUUUUUUUAUUUUGCUUACAGGAUAGAAAGAGAAACCAAAUCCGCCUGAAACCUUUUCUUUUUUUUAUUGUUUUUAAAUCAACACACUUGAGACGCUGUUUGUGUAGUCGGCUUCCUCACGCUGGUAAUCAAGACUUAAAACAUCCAGCGCUCUUUUAUUUUGAAAAAACAAAUAUUCCAUUUCCUUUCUUUUUCAUUUCCUUUUUUUGUUUUUGUUUGCUGCAGUCCGCUCAGACAUAUUCUCAAGUAGGCUCACUCAAAAGCUUUAGCUGCGCUUACUGGAUUUGUCCACACACACACACACACACACACGCACACACGCACUCGCACACACACUCGCAUGCACACACACUCGCACACACACACACACUCUACGCUCGCCAAAGUAAUGCAAUCCAAGUGUGAUCUAAGAUGCUGCUAUCCUGUGACGUUUUUUUCUCUUUACUUUUUUUGUUUGUAUCAUUCUGAGUAUGAACAAGCAGUAAUCUAAUAUAAAUAGAUCUAUAUGAAAUAAAUAUAUAUAUAUAUACACAAUAUUUUUUAACAAAUAGCUGAAUGCAGUGGACGGUACAGAGCGUACAACAUGUUCCGGGACCCCCCCCCUCCCUUUUUAUUUUUAAUUUUUUGCAGACGCUAACAGUCGGGGCAUUAAACUGGACUCUUCCAUAUAUAAAUCCAUAUUUUUAACGACUCCCACCUCGCUACACUUCAUUAUCAAUCCAUUCCCUCUUUUUAAAGGUGCUCUAUGGGUAAGUCAUCAGGGGAUAAUAGUCGCUAACCAAACAUUCUGCCCAAACAAAACAAAAAAACACGUCAACUCCAAGGUACCCCCGACCCCGACCCGCCAUACUCAUCCAAAGAGGUCGCCCUGACCCGUAUGAAAUAGUGGUACCUUGUUUUUCGAUAAAUAAUCCGUUAUGACCACAACCGAAUUAUAUAAGAAACAUGUAAAUGCAAGCAAUUUGUUCCAAACUCCCCAAAAUAUAGAGAAUAAUUAUAGAAAUACACAUAAAUGACAUUCAUUGGACAUCACUUUCCAUUGACAGCUAAGAUAGUGUGUAUGUAUCAAAGUGUUUGUAGUCACAACUUUGUUUGGCCCCUCCACGGUAGAUUAUUUUGCCGUUAAAAAAAAGGCACAACGGGACUAUUUUUCCAUGUACGAAAACCGAGGUACCACUGUUGUAGUGUCUUUGAGGCCUGUAACGUACCUCAGGGAAAAGGCCUUAGAAGAAGAGGGGGGGGGGGGGGGUUGGCGUAGGAGGCGGACCAUCCUCCUCGUCUUCCGCUUUCGCGUCGUACCCGCCGUGCCUUUUUGCAAGUAGCUCACUUCUUUUUUUUUUUUUUUUUGCCAAAGUCGAUGGGAAAAUUAGCUUCUUGGUAGGGUUUGUUUUAUUUUUAUUUAUACUAUAUAUUUGCAUACAGUGCUUUACAUGCCAAUUACAGUGCAAUCUUCAUUUAUUUAUUGUUUAAAAGAGACAAGUGUAGUUAUAUACUAAUUUUUUUCUCCUUGUAGCAUGU